AUGGCGAUCACAGCAGCUUCUAAAAAGAGAAAGGUCCAGGACGGAAUGGCCGGCAGGAUCCAGCCGAAAAAGAAAUUCAGAAAACAGACCGAAUACCACAGCAGCACCGAGGACGAGGACGAGAGCGACAAUGAUGCGUCGACUUUUGCUCCUGUAAACUUACUCGAUUCGGACGAGGAGGGCCAAGUCUCAAAACCCAAGGCCACUCAGGAAAAUACCUCUUUGUCUGCGGCACCGAAGAAAUCAAACAAUAAGGAAGAAAUUGUCGAGGAAGACGACGAUGUCGAGGACGAUGAACCGGAUGUAAAUGCAUCGAGUGGAGACGAGGACGAAGAAGACGACAGAGAAGCCCGCGAGGACAAUGACUCCAUGGCCGACGAUGACGACGAAGAAGGCGGCAUCCGUCUUAAGACAGUUACGAAACGUCACGAUCCUACCGCAUUUUCUACAUCUAUAUCCAAAAUUCUGUCCACAAAACUACCUACAUCCGCCCGCGCAGACCCAGUCCUGUCGCGAAGCAAAGCCGCUGCCCAAGCAUCAUCCGAGCUCGCCAAUGAACGUCUUGAACAGCGCGCACGCUCCAAGCUCCGCGCCGAAAAGAAGGAAGAGCAGGAAAGAGGCCGAGUCCGGGACGUCCUAGGUAUUGAACGCGGAGAAGCCGGCGAAACAGCCGAGGAGGAAAAAAGGUUGCGCAAGAUUGCGCAACGCGGUGUUGUCAAACUGUUCAAUGCGGUUCGUGCGGCUCAAGUUCGUGGUGAAGAAGCGGCGCGCGCAGAACAAAAGAAGGGCACGAUUGGAAUUGAGGAGAGGAAAAAGGCAGCGAAUGAGGUUAGCAAGCAGAGUUUCUUGGAAUUGAUUAAUGGGAAGAAGGGCAAGGCAUUGAAUAUUGAGGAGGCUUGA